ACUACGAGCAACCGAAAAAGCCAGUUGGAUGAUACAACGAUGAGAAUGACCCAUUGAGUCUUUUUAUCAUCCAGUCCUACUUCAUACACUACCUUCCACAUAUGUAUCCGUUCUUUUGAGGCCCCCUUUUUUUUUUGAGCAUUUCACAAUGCAAGCGGCAAAUCGAUUACAGAAGGCUCUAAGGUCCGGCUCGGGACUAUCCUUUGGAGCAUGGCAAGAACUCCCUGGAACAAAUCACUCUCGGGCUCUAGCUCGGAGUGGAUUUGAUUGGAUUCUAGUGGAUAUGGAGCACGGAAAUAUUGAUGAUGGAGUCAUGCAUGAGUCCGUAGCAGCAAUAGCUGCUUGUGGAGCGAGCCCGAUUGUCCGUGUUGCGGGGAAUGAGAGUUGGAUGGUGAAAAGAGCCCUCGAUGCCGGCGCUCAUGGGGUUGUUAUUCCUCUUCUCUGCACAGUCCAAGAUGUCCGCAAAGCAGUCUCGUUUACAAAAUACCCUCCACGAGGGGUGCGCGGAUUCGGCCCAACAUUUGCUUCGCAGUCAUUUGGAAAUAUACCAAUGAUGGAGUACCUUAAGCAGGCAGAUGAGGGUAUUUUGACUGUCGUGCAGAUUGAGACCAAGGAAGCAUUGGCCGAUGUCGAUGAGAUUGCCAAAGUCCCUGGACUUGAUGUCCUGUUCGCAGGCCCGUUCGAUCUCGGAAUCAAUAUUGGACAUCCUAUAAAGGACGGGAAAAUGCCUGACAAACUCAAAGAAGCACUGGCACAAAUUCUGAGGGCUGCAGAAAACAAUGGCAAGCGCGCCGGCAUCUAUUGUACAUCAGGAGAACAAGCUAGAAAUUUUGCCGACCAGGGAUUUCAUAUGAUAUCCGUCUGCGCGGACAUUGAUGUGUUGCAAGCAGGACUUGCCUCUGCAUUGGUAACUGCCAAAGGCUCAAUUGCGCAUUCAGCAUACAAUCUGGCCAAAGGGGCCGUGGGCAAAAUAGGUAGCUCAGGCAAGGAUAAGCCGUAGCUCUUUCAUUCCGCGGACUUGCAAUUUUCCGGAUCACAAGAGAGCAAUGGCAUGACUACUUAAUCUUCUUUUAACCUUCAGUCUUUCCUGCACCCUAUGCUUUAUUCUUUGACGGAAGAAUAAAGUUGAAUAAUUUGCCCUCCGUAGAGCGGCACGAUUCAGUUCAAGACUUCUUUUUCUCCGCCUCAUCCAUUGCCUUUUCUACUUCUUCCUCUGUAAAGCGGUGCAUGAGCUUUCGCGCUUGGCCAGCCAAGCUUGGGUUUUCUUCUUGCUCAGAUGAAGCCUUGAUAUGAAUCUAGGUAACAGCAAAGUUAGUCGUCAACUUUAUUUUCGUAUGCCCAUUUGUUGCGUUUAUAAGGGCUGGUAAUCCUACCACUGGCGUGUCG